UUUUAGAAUGAAGAUCUUAUCGUUGAUUCUUGUAAUUUUGGUGCUUGUGGUGUCAACAGAAUCCGCCGCUUCCAACAAUAUUUUCUCAUCAAUCUUUUCUUUUGGCAAGAAAAAACCAACAAGUACUCCAACACCUAGUUAUUCAAAAGCUUCCGCUUCCACGAGCCGGUGUGGAGUACAAGCAUCACAAUGUUCUGCUUAUGAAUGUUGUAACUUUGAUCAGACAUGUCUUCGAAACCGCUGCUUCCCAAGACUAUCGAACUGUCCAGUUACUCGGGACCAAUGUGGAAAUGCAUGUUGCAAGACUUCUGAGCAAUGUCGCAAUGGAAAGUGUUCCCGAUAAUUUAUAUAACUAUACAUUUAUGAAUAUUCAAAAAACAAUAUGUGCACAAAAAAUUGUGAAACGAGUGUAAACGUGUGAAAAGUGUACAUGCGAUGUAUACAAUAUGGGAGAUUGUAAAUUUUCAAUAAAAAAGUCACU